AUGGCGGAAGAGGAUACCCGCACGCUCAGGGAGUUGGCUGCGCCUAAUUUAAAUUUACAACCUCUAUGCAUUACUAUGCCGAAAAUUGAAGGUAAUGCUAGUUUUGAAUUACGAUCCGGACUAAUACACUUUUUGCCCUCAUGUCAUGGCCUUGCAGGAGAAGAACCACAUAAACAUUUGCAGGAAUUCGAUGUGGUUUGCUCAAGCAUGAAACCACCAAUGGUUACGGAAGAGCAAGUAAAGCUACGGGCAUUCCCUUUCUCAUUGAAGGAUGCGGCGAAGGAAUGGCUAUUUUUUCUACCGGCGGGAAGCGUGACUACUUGGAGGGACAUGAAAAUGAAAUUUCUGAAAAAGUAUUUUCCGGCAUCGCGGGCGGCGACAUUACGCAAAGAAAUUUACGGAAUCAAGCAACAACAAAGAGAGACGUUGCACGAAUACCUAGAGAGGUUCAACAGGCUUUGUGCGCGAUGCCCGCAACACCAAAUCACUAACCAACUUUUGCUCCAAUACUUUUAUGAAGGACUGGGCAUGCAAGACCGGAACAACAUUGAUGCCGCUAGCCAAGGAGCACUGGCGGAUAAAACCCCGAAAGCUGCAUGGGAGUUGAUCGCAAGGAUGGAAGAGAAUUCGCAACAAUUCGGAACAAGAGGAGUCGAAUAUUCAGAAGGUAACGAUUCUCUUCGACAACAAAUAUCUGAACUUACAAAAUUUGUUCAUCAAUUGGCUACAGGAAACACACGCCAUGUGAAAACGUGUGGAAUUUGCACGAGUCCGGAGCAUCACACCGAUGCAUGCCCUACCCUGCAUGAGGACAGUCAUGCCGAUGUGAAGCCAGCCGGUAUGGAAAUUCACACCAUCAAGGGUUCCUGCCACAAGCACCUCCGCAACAAUUUGCCACCUUCUAAAUCCAAUACUUCACUGGAGGAAAUGAUGAAGACCAUGGCCGCUAACACAAUCCAAUUCCAGCAAGAUACGAGGGCGAGCAUUCAGAAUCUCGAAUCUCGUGUGGAGCAAAUAGUGGCGGAUCUUUGCCAUGUUAAGGAAAGGGAGACGGGGAAAUGGCCAUCACAACCGGAAAGGAACCCAAAGAAUGUUAGUGCCAUGACUUUGCGAACCGGGAAGAUGGUGGGGGCUCCGGAACCAAUCAUCCCGAAGGACAAAGACGAGAGCACCAUUGAAAAGGGAAUCAAGAAGGAAGAUGCAAAGAAAAAUGAGGUAAUUGAUAAAACUGUCACUAAAUUAAAUACUAAUCUUGCCCAUUUUCCAUCCAGGUUGGCAAAGCCGAUAAAGCCAAAAAGGGAUAAUGAGAUUUUGGAGUUUUUUCGAAAGGUCGAGCUCAAUAUACCCCUAUUGGAUGCAAUCCACCAAAUUCCAAAGUAUGCAAAGUUCUUAAAGGAGUUGUGUACCAACAAGCGGAAGUUAAAGGGCGAUGAAUGCAUCAUCGCAAGCGAAAAUGUGUCGGCCCUCCUCCAAAGAAAGAUUCCACCGAAGUGCGGAGACCCGGGUAUGUUCACAAUCCCAUGUAAAAUAGGGCAACUAGAAGUCAAGCAUGCUAUGUUAGAUUUGGGUGCGGCAAUUAAUGUCAUGCCAAAAUCAAUCUAUAACUGUUUGAAUCUUGCACCGCUAAAGAAAACCGGGAUUAUUAUUCAACUUGCUAAUAGGACACAUGCAUAUUCCGAAGGAAUUAUAGAGGAUGUCCUAGUCCAAGUCAAUGAAUUAAUUUUCCCAGUUGACUUCUAUGUCUUAGAAAUGCAUGAUGAGCAUUCGCCCAACCCAUCACCACUACUUUUAGGAAGGCCUUUUAUGUGUACGGCGGAUACUAAGAUUGAUGUAAAGAAUGGAAUUUUGACGAUGGAAUUUGAUGGGGAAAAAAUUGAAUUCAAAAUUUUUGAUGCGAUUAAAUAUCCCCUGGAUCCUCACUCUGUUUUCUCGUUAGAUGUUAUUGACCUUUAA